AUGUGGUCUAUCGGAAAUGUUUUUGUCGUCCUUUGUCUGCUACUGGCACUCUCAGAGAUCGGCUUCUCCCGACCCACGGUUUUGAACAUCACCUCGGAAGAAUUCGCGCAAAUGAGCGAGCACCAUGUGACUCCAAGUAACAGCCGAAGGGGUCUCGGUGACUGGUUCGAGGAAAAGUGGUGCGAUAUGAAGUCGGGAACGAACAUGUGUGAUGCCUCGCAGAAGUAUGAAAAAAUCGGCGAUGGCGACCCGCACCAGAAUUUUGUUAUCAUCCAAAGGGCUGGUUCACAAGUGCAUUGCACUUCCGAAGGUGAUAGCAUAGGGAGUACCUUCUCGAGUACCGUCGGCUGGAGUAUAGAUGGGAGCUUCGAUAAACUUCCCUUCGUAUCAGCAGGAUUUAGUGUUUCGAAGUCUGAGACUUACGCAUUUACGGCAACAAAGACCUGCGAUAGUGUCGCAGACAAGCGUGGUGACAUUUGCCUCCUCUUCUACCACGCCAUGACAGCAUUUCGCGUACAGGUGACAGAAUACAAAGACUGCGGUUGCGGUGUGAUAGAUGGAUCAGAAAAAGAUCUUGGAGAGACUAUUGUCUAUGCACCAAACGAAGGGCAAACGGGCAGCAUUGCUUCGAGGGGAAUUUCUGUGGCCGAUGAUGAUAUUCAGCAAUGCCAUGGAGACGAUGACAGAAUUGUCGACUAUCACUGUGGACCUCCCGGGGACUCUAGUUGGUGGGAUCACAAAAACUCGGGUCCAUGGAUCGAGGAAUACGUGAAAGAACGUGAGCCUGCUGGCUGCGAUAUUCCGAUUGAGGCCAAUCAGUACUACGAGUAG